AUGCUGGAACCAAGGGGGUUGCUAUGGCAACGGGAGGCAGGGCCUGGGGGGGACCGGGCCCGGGCUGGGGCCGCGGGGGCCGGUGGUGGCUGUGGCGGGGCGAUGGCGGAGCGCGGCCCGGCCUUCUGCGGCCUCUACGACACGUCCUCUCUGCUGCAGUACUGCAACGAUGAUAAUUUGUCGGCCGCGAGCGGCAUGGAGGUGGAUGACCGCGUGUCGGCGCUGGAGCAGAGGCUGCAGUUGCAGGAAGACGAACUGGCGGUCCUAAAGGCGGCGCUGGCAGAUGCACUGCGACGCCUGCGGGCCUGUGAAGAACAAGGAGCAGUUCUGCGAGCGCGAAACACCCCCAAGGGCCGGGCUCCUCCACGCUUAGGCACCACCGCCUCCGUGUGUCAACUCUUGAAAGGCCUUCCUACAAGGACGCCCCUCAAUGGCUUGGGCGCCCCGCGGCGUGUGGGUGGCUAUGCCACUUCUCCAUCCUCCCCCAAGAAGGAGGCGACCUCCGGGCGCAGUGGCCGCCGUUACCUGUCACCAGAACGCCUUGCCUCCGUGCGCCGUGAGGACCCCCGCAGCCGCACCACAUCCUCCAGCAGCAACUGCAGCGCCAAAAAGGAAGGCAAAACCAAAGAAGUUAUCUUCAGCAUAGAGGAGGGCUCCGUGAAAAUGUUCCUGAGGGGGCGCCCUGUGCCUAUGCUGAUCCCAGAUGAGCUGGCACCCACCUACAGCUUGGAUACACGCUCAGAGCUGCCUUCCUGCCGGCUCAAGCUGGACUGGGUCUAUGGCUACCGUGGCCGAGACUGUCGGGCCAAUCUUUACCUGCUGCCCACAGGGGAAAUAGUGUAUUUUGUGGCCUCCGUGGUUGUGCUGUACAGCGUGGAAGAACAGAGGCAACGGCACUACGUAGGACACAAUGAUGACAUCAAAUGGUGGCGGCCACUGCCACCCCACGUACGCAUCUGGGACUCAGUUUCCCUCUCCACCUUACAUGUGCUGGGCCUGGGGGUGUUUGAAAGAGCCGUGUGCUGUGUGGGCUUCUCUAAAUCUAAUGGGGGCAACCUGUUGUGUGCAGUGGACGAAUCCAGUGAUCACAUGCUCUCCGUGUGGGACUGGGCUAAGGAGUCCAAGGUGGUGGAUGUCAAGUGUUCCAGCGAGGCUGUGCUGGUGGCCACCUUCCACCCCACAGACCCCACCCUGCUUAUCACCUGUGGGAAAUCCCACAUCUACUUCUGGACCCUGGAAGGAGGCAGUUUGAGCAAGCGGCAGGGCCUCUUUGAGAAACACGAGAAACCGAAGUAUGUGCUGUGUGUGACCUUUUUGGAGGGUGGUGACGUGGUCACCGGGGACUCUGGGGGGAACCUCUACAUCUGGGGCAAAGGUGGGAAUCGCAUCACACAGGCAGUGCUGGGUGCCCACGAUGGCGGCGUGUUUGGGCUCUGCGCCCUGCGGGACGGGACGCUGGUGUCCGGAGGGGGCCGCGAUCGGAGGGUGGUCCUCUGGGGUUCUGACUACAGCAAGCUGCAGGAGGUGGAGGUCCCUGAGGACUUUGGCCCUGUGCGUACGGUGGCAGAGGGCCGGGGGGACACACUGUACGUGGGGACUACCCGCAACUCCAUCCUGCAGGGCUCUAUCCACACGGGCUUUUCGCUGCUUGUCCAGGGCCACAUGGAAGAGCUGUGGGGCCUGGCCACACACCCCAGCCGGGCCCAAUUUGUGACCUCUGGGCAGGAUAAGCUGGUGCAUCUAUGGAGUUCAGAGUCCCAUCAGCCCCUGUGGAGCAGGAGCAUUGAGGACCCUGCUCGUUCUGCUGGCUUCCACCCCAAUGGCUCUGUCCUGGCCGUGGGCACAGUAACUGGCAGAUGGCUGCUGUUGGACACGGAGACCCAUGACCUGGUGGCUAUCCACACAGAUGGCAAUGAACAGAUCUCAGUGGUCAGCUUCUCCCCAGACGGGGCGUACCUGGCUGUGGGCUCCCACGACAACUUGGUGUACGUGUACACGGUGGACCAGGGUGGCCGCAAGGUCAGCCGACUGGGCAAAUGCUCGGGCCAUUCCAGUUUUAUCACUCACCUGGAUUGGGCCCAGGAUAGCGGCUGCUUUGUGACCAACUCCGGGGACUAUGAGAUUCUGUACUGGGAUCCGGCUACCUGUAAGCAGAUCACCACUGCAGAUGCUGUGAGGAACAUAGAAUGGGCCACAGCUACUUGUGUCCUAGGGUUUGGGGUGUUUGGGAUCUGGUCUGAGGGUUCGGAUGGUACUGAUAUCAACGCUGUGGCCCGAUCCCACGAUGGGAAGUUGCUGGCUUCAGCUGAUGAUUUUGGCAAAGUCCACCUGUUUAGCUACCCCUGCAGUCAGCCUCGAGCCCUCAGCCACAAAUACGGCGGACACAGCAGCCAUGUGACGAAUGUUGCCUUCUUGUGGGAUGACAGCAUGGCCCUGACCACAGGGGGCAAGGACACCAGUGUACUGCAGUGGCGGGUGGUCUGAAGUGGCUGGGGUAUAAUCAGGUGGCAGGGCUGGAAUUCUGUUUUCGGGAGAUGUUUAUUGCCGCGUAGCUUAAUAUAUACCCAGAGUAUGUCUAUACCAGAGGGGGUUAUGGGGGUGGGCGGGUAGACUGACAGAGAGAAGUCUCUAUUUAUCGGGGUGGGAAUAGGGGUCACAUUGCUUUGGGGAGCCAUCAGUGUUAGGUUGAAGGUGUUUUUUCUUAAGUUUUUCUUUUUAUAUCAUCCAGAAAUAAAGACACGUGCACUGA